AUGGCGAGGCGUAGCAGCAUCAGCACCAGCCAGCCGGAUGGAUGGAUGUGCUCACAGGACUAUCGGCCCCUACUUCCUUCAUGCUUCCGCUUCGAGGGCUUCCGGACAAAGCACUUCAAUGAGACCUUCGUCGCAAAGCAAGCAGCAGAAGUGAACGGCAGACCAACCUACUGGGAUCCUGCUGGGGCGCAUUUCAUCUACUGGCAGAAAACUCGGUGGGCGCUUUGCCCGCGCUUCGACGAGAUGAGCAACCAGGACUUGCUUGCAUGUGUCCAGAACGGAGGCGUCCGUGGUUUGGCCUACGAAGUGUCCGAAGAGGAUGCCCGUGGCAGCUGGAUGGAGUAUACGGAACGCGGCUUCCGGAGGACAAAGGGCAUCCGGCUGAGGGAAGAGCCCCGCCACCCAGGCAGACGAGGAUGGAAGCGAUCUCGGCGACAGGCUCCACCGAAGGUGGGUGACGACCUCCUGGGCAAAGCACCGGCGAGCCUCGAGGAGAUGAAGAGACUUCUUGAGGCCCAGCCAGAGGUGGAAGAGGUUUUCGUCGUCCGGGAAAACAGAGGAGAGGCGGGCCUCGUCGUGUCCUUCCGCCGGCCCUGUGCCGCAGCCGAGGCACUCGAGGUCGGUCGGGGGCUCCUAAACUGCGAUCCCGACGUCAUCGACCCGCUCACCGGCGAGGAUGCGGCGCGACUUCUGGAGUUCAGCGAAGGAGGCUUCCGGCCACAUCUGGCGCGCUCGACAGCGCUGCCGCAAGACACCGGUGAAGCGGAUUCAGCGCAAGAGGCCCCGAAGAGGAUCGGCAGAUUCACCACUGCUCGGCCGAAGUCCAAGGCGUCCCCGGUGCACGCGGCCGAGGCGACCGCCUCGGAGGCUCCUCCGAAGCAAGAGGAGCAUUCCCCGGCAGCUGGAUCUGCGCCGGCAGCGCUGCCGGCACCUCCGCCUGCGACGGACACCGUGCGUCAUCCCUCGCCGGCACCGGCGGCAGCCGACGCAGCAGAGUCCUUGGAUGCGCCAGAAAGCUUUUCGUAUUGGGAGCCCCAGGAGAUCGACAUGCAGGAGCUCCUCCUUCAACAGGAGCGGAACCAGGCGAUGGAGGAGUUUGAGCAGCCGGGUGAACGAGACCUAGCAGAGCCGAAGACCAUGGACGUGGACAUGGACAGCCCGAAAGAGUUUGAACGGACUGUCACACCUGCAGAGGAACCUGAGCCCAGGCCGGCGCGGGGAAGCAGCUGGGAGCCAGCAAUCGGAGAGGCCCUGGAGAAGCUAAUGGCUCUUGCCUCCACAGUGACGCCGGAGGCUCGGCAGCAGAAGCCAGACGAAGUCCCUGAAGACGGACAAACGGGAGGUGCGACGGCUGUUGCCGCAGCAUCCGAGAAAGGAGUGACUACUAGUCUCGGGCAACCCGAGGACGCCGGCUCGCCGCCACUGGGCCCCGCAGAGAGGGCCAGGAAGCCGAAGGGCAAGAAGGUUCGCUCAUGCCCGCAAGAACCACUCCCAGAAGAGCCGUUGGCCGCGCCGGCUGCAGGUCCCCUCGCGGAGAAGACGGAAAACGGUUCAGGUCUUGUUCGGCCUGGCGAGGUGGGAAGCUCUACGCAGGACAAGGCGGCCGAGGAGAGGGCUGUGAGCCCCGGCGCUUCGGUUGCAGCUGCAUCUCCCUGUGACACCGGCCAAAGCGCCGGGCCCGGUUCCAUCCAGGACAAGGUCAAGAAGACCAAAGACAAGAAGGAGAAGAAGGCAGAGAAGGCCCAGCGCAAGCGCGAACUCAAGGAGCGCCUCCGAAGAGAAGUGGAGGAAGAGCUCCGCCUUGAGGAGGCACGGCGCACGGCCGGGCCAAGCCAUCGGCCCAAGUGGCGGCCGGAGUUCUUUCCGGAGGAUUUCGGGGCUGCAGCCUUCCAGCAGAUCCCCCAGAUUUCCAACCAAGGUCCAUCUCGACGAAGGCCCAAGGACGAAGGGGGCUCGGAUACGCAAGAAGCGGCGAACAGAAACCUGCCGGGAGAUUACCCGAGCGUCUAUCUGCUGGAGCGAUUCCGGUACCAGAGCUUGAACCAGGCCUUCUACGUGAACCCGCAGAUUCUGGUCUGCCGAUAUCCCACCUAUUGGGACAAAGACGGCAACCACUUCAUGUACUUCCAGGAGGAGGACAACCGAUGGGUGAUCUCCCCGAAGAUUGAGCAUGGUGUCGACCUGCUGAUGCAGGCGCAGCAAGGCGAGAUGAUGGGCUGCGCCUUCCAGUAUGUGGGCGAGCCUUGGCAGGAGCUGGUUGAGAACCGGUGGUGCAGCAACUCGCAUGCGCAGGCGACCCCACUGGUGAAGGCGCAAUCCUCAUCCGCGCCUGCAGCAGGCGCUUUGCCAUUGCCCUCGCGCGGUAAGCGUGGGGCACCCGUCGGGUCCGCGGCCGCCUCGCUUCCCGUGACGGCAGCACCGCCGCCUGCGAUCCAGGCAAGCUCCGAGGAGGCAGUUGUAAAGCAGCUGCAGGCUCCCUUCACGGUCGACACCGUGCACGUGAAAGGUGGAUUCAAGAACCCAUCACUGAACACGGUCUUUUACCUGGAUCCGCACCUGCAGAUAGGCAGCCGCGCGACCUAUUGGGAUGACAGCCGACGGUGGUUCAUGUACUACCAGGCCCCGAUGAAACGAUGGGCCAUCAGCAUCCGGGAUGCCUCUACAGGUGAGGAUAUGCUGGAGAAUGCGAAAGGUGGUGGCCUGUGCGGCUUCGCUGUCGAGGUGGACAAGAACAAGAACGCGUGGCAGGAGUUCUUCGACGAGAAGUGGGUGACUGUGGAGAUCGACAUAAGAAAGCUUUGCACCGGGAAGCGGGCACCUCCUGUGCUGCCCCACGUUCCAGAGCGACACGCCCCCAACGCGAAGAAGCUCCAGGUGCCCACGAUCCCCACGACUGUCAAAUCAGAGCCCGAGCCCGUCAAGGUGCCGACAGCAGCUGAGCUUACCGCGCUGUCGUUGGUCGGAACAGCAGCAAGUGUCAAGGAAGAGAUGAAAGAGGAGGAGUCAUCGGACUCUAGUUUGCUGCAGGAGUCUUUGCUAGGCGAAGGGGCCGGACGGCGGGUCGGCCAGGUCUCCGACAAGCCGCAGGAACCUGGAGAAAGCAAGGAGCAGCAGCAGCAGCGGGGGCAGGACCCCAAAGAGCCCGGUCCGGAGUCUGCCAAAGCCGCCCAGGAGCUGCAACAGCAGGCCCCGACUGCGAAAGAGGCAGAGAAGAUGAAGCGCAAGGCGGAAAAGGAGGAGAGAGCUCGGCAAAAAGAAAGCGCCCUUAAGGAGAAGAUCCGCAAGGAGCUCCUGGCAAAGGCCGGGUCGGAGCGUGGGAGCCUUGCCUCGGCCUCGCUGGGAGCCAAGGUGAAGAAAAAGGAGAAAAAGGACAAGAAAGACAAGACAGCGCGGGCUGACAAGCCUGCGAAACGCACAUCUUCGCCGAAAGAUCCGGCGGAGCAAAAGGCCGCCUUCCGAGGGACAAAGACUGCCCGGGGAAGGCGGAAAGCAAAGGAAGAGCAGCGCGACGAGCCUGCUCCCAGCUGUACAGAAGAAAGGCCUGAGUCGGAGACGGGGAAGCGCCCCCGAAGGCCCCGCUGGAACACCAGUAUCGCAGCCGCAUGGCCGACCUGA